UCAUAUGCACGCCAAAGUCAAUUUCUGCGUAAAUGAGAGCAUUUCAUUAUUAUUUUUGGAAAGCCUGCUAAUCAAUAGGUCUGGACUGGUCAUAAUACACAACAUUGUACUAUGUAUGUUUUAGGGCCGUAUUAUUUAAAACCCUCAUUCGAAUCCCUUCGAAGUAUUAUUAAGAGUGCCUUCAGCAAAACUGUCCGACUCAGAAUCACUAAAAACUUUAAAUUUGGAUCAUUUAAACUUUAUUUAAGAGCGUUUCAGGUAAUGUGUGAGCAAUUAUUUGUCCCUCCUAUUCAGGCUACGUGAUCGGUGACGCACAGGAGACUCUCCAGACUCCAGCACGCACAGGGCUCUCCGCGCAUUAUGAUGGAGUGAGCCGAGACUAUACAGUCCAGCUUCCAGCAAGAGAAGAGCUCCUCCUCCCUCCCCUGCGAUGAGGUAGUUGGUAAGACCUAGCGCUGGUUAAUCACAGAUUUCUCGAGUCCGCGCGUCGCGUCCUCCGUCUUAGAAGUCCUGUCAUGCAUGCAACGUCCCCGCCGUUGCGCGCCUGACCUCCUGCGUUUUAAACUACGGCUUUUGUUUGUUCAUCGCCCGGCAUGGGAGAUCAGAGUGAGCUGACCAUGGUGCAGAAGUCGACAUCGUUCAGCAUCAAGAGCCUGUUACUCCCAUCGAAGUUUGACGAUGAGAGCGCGGAGCGCAGCGGCAGCCCGGCACCCGUACAGGACUUAGACAAACCCCCGGAAGCGUCCGAGAUGGACCCCGCGCAGCGAGAAGCGGAGGAGCAGCCGUCUAAAAAGGUAAAGAAAUUCGACAAGCCUCCGUUCAGCUACAACGCGCUCAUCAUGAUGGCCAUCAGACAGAGUCCUGAGAAGCGGCUCACGCUCAACGGCAUCUACGAGUUCAUCAUGAAGAACUUCCCGUAUUACCGGGAGCACAAGCAGGGCUGGCAGAACUCCAUCCGGCACAAUUUGAGCCUCAAUAAGUGCUUCGUGAAGGUCCCGCGGCAUUAUGAUGAUCCUGGGAAAGGGAACUACUGGAUGUUGGAUCCCUCCAGCGAUGAUGUGUUUAUCGGCGGAACCACCGGGAAGCUCCGCCGGCGCUCGGCGACCUCGCGGGGCAAGCUGGUGAUGAAAAGGGGCCUCCGCUUCGCGCCCCUCGGACUCGGUCUGGGCGAACGCCCGAGCAACCCGCUCUACUGGCAGCUGUCUCCGUUUUUACCCCUCCACCACUCGCACUACAACGGCUCCACGCACGGAUUUCUAAGCCAAGGACACGCGUACGGAUCGUUUCUCCCUGGCGUCGAGCCGCUCGGGAACGGGGAUAUGUCUCGCUCCAUUCUGGGAGCCUCUAGCGGGAGUAUCAACGGGUACGGCGUGUCGCACAAUGGAUACUUCGUACCGGGCGCGCAGCCGCAGCCGCUUCCGAGCGCGCCGGGAUACGGCAUCUCCAGCUCUCCGUCCCCUCUGCUGUCUGAUUCCCUAAGAACUAGUUUGCCGUCCUUCACAGCACCACUUUCUAGCGGACUUCUGUCUCAACACAAACGCCUCGCGCCCAAUUCGUUUCUAAGCUGAGCGUUGCGCGUCCUUUCCAAUGGGAACAUGCAAACUUUCCUCGAAAACCGAAACGUGCAAGCUUUCCUUUUGUGUGAGGACUGUGCGUCUGGAUUUUUCUCUCUCGUCUAUUUAAGAUUAUUUUGUAAUAGUAGUAUGAUGCUAUGCCAAAGGCAAUAACCGUAUGUGUUUGUUUUUAUUUCUUUUUUAAAAAAGCAUUAUUUAUAGUAUUUCUUUGUGAAUGAUGGUUUUGUAUUUAUUCGAAAUGUCUUUUUUAUCCCUUGUUACUGUGGGAUACCGUUAUUAUUAGAUGUUUGGCACAUAUUAUUCGUUUAGUAUGACUAAUUCCUUUUUUAUUUAUGUCUCAAACUGUGAAUGCGCCUUAAUAUCUUAAAUCAGGGUUGAGCGCUCGGACUGUCUCAGGUGUGCGUUCUGACAAUGAAACAUUAUUAUUAUUAGCGGUGUAAACCUGAAAUAUGGUCAAAUAAAAAUGUAUAUGCAAUGUUUUAUGAAUUUGCCUGUCGGUUAGUGUGGGCCUGAUGUGUUCAGAGAGGUCAUGCAAUGACUUACUAUAGUAAAGCUAAGCUAUACUGAAUUAAAGCACUGGUUUAAAUGAACUCUGUGGGAUCAGUUUAUAUAUACUGUCACAUAAAAUACUGUUCUGUGACGACACGAGGUUUUGUUUACACACAUAACAGUAUUUUAAUACAGUUUUUACGCGAGAAGGUGAUUCAGCACCAAAGACAGAUCAUUAAUGCUU